AUGUGUCUCCGUAAGUCGCCAUCUUGAAGCUCUCUUGAUGUUGCGUACUACGCCCCUUGUUGAUAAAAAACGACAGUAAUCUGUAUCUGUACAUUUUUAAAGCUCUGUUUAAUUAUUUUGGAUCAUACGCAGCGCGGGCGCUUUAUUUAAAAGCUGCUGUAAUUGGCUGCGACCAUGCAAAAGUAUGAGAAGCUGGAGAAGAUAGGAGAAGGUACCUAUGGGACUGUUUUCAAAGCUAAAAACAGGGAAACACAUGAAAUAGUGGCCCUCAAAAGAGUCAGACUGGAUGAUGAUGAUGAGGGGGUACCAAGUUCAGCUUUACGAGAAAUUUGUCUCCUGAAGGAGCUGAAACAUAAAAACAUUGUAAGGUUGCAUGAUGUCCUUCACAGUGAUAAGAAGCUCACGUUAGUGUUUGAGUAUUGUGAUCAGGAUUUGAAGAAAUACUUCGACAGCUGUAAUGGGGACUUAGAUCCAGAGAUUGUUAAGUCCUUCAUGUACCAGUUAUUAAAGGGGCUUGCGUUCUGCCACAGUCGAAAUGUUCUCCACCGGGACCUUAAACCACAAAAUCUGCUUAUCAACAGAAAUGGUGAACUAAAGUUAGCUGACUUUGGCUUGGCCAGAGCGUUCGGUAUCCCUGUACGAUGUUAUUCUGCUGAGGUGGUGACGUUGUGGUACAGACCACCAGAUGUGCUGUUUGGUGCUAAGCUUUAUUCUACAUCGAUUGACAUGUGGUCUGCCGGCUGUAUUUUUGCAGAACUUGCGAAUGCAGGACGUCCUUUAUUUCCCGGUAAUGAUGUGGAUGACCAGUUAAAGAGGAUCUUUAGGUUAUUGGGAACGCCGACAGAAGAACAGUGGCAAACUAUGAAUAAACUUCCAGAUUAUAAGCCGUAUCCAAUGUACCCCGCCACUACAUCACUCGUAAACGUUGUCCCGAAACUCAGCAGUACAGGCAGAGAUCUACUACAGAAUCUUUUGAAAUGUAAUCCAGUACAGCGAAUCUCCGCAGAGGAAGCCCUACAGCACCCGUACUUUGCUGAUUUUUGCCCACCCUAAAUUUGAGACCUACAAAGCUUCCUUUAGAAGUGUGGAUGGGGCCGGUCUUAACCCCUUCCCAACUCAUUCAGCUUUUAGUUAGUUACACCUGCUAUGGCAGGAUACAAAGACUUUGACACAAUUUUGUCAUCCACAUGCACUGCAGUAUAUAUGGGUCUGAUUAUGAUAGCAGUACUGUAGUGUAGGGCUGUUAUUGUAGAUACAUUUUCCAGAAAAGGACAUUUGUCAUGUAAGUUUAGUCUUGAUGAUGUUUUAAAAGAUGCUGAUCAUCAACAUUUCUUCUGUAAUUCGGGCCCUACAAGAUUAAUUGAGUUGCCAAAUGUGCUUGACGGGUCUUUAAUGGUUUACAAAGAAUCUGCCGUGAGGGUUAAAGGCAGUGCUUAUUUCUUAUUUAAUUUUUCAUAUGAGCAGUGUAAUUUAAUAAGGUACAGUGCACAUGAUUUAUCUUACGUUCCGUAGUAUUUAAGAAUAGGUGUUUUUCAACGGUUUAUGUGUUACACAUUUAUUAAGAACAGAAAAAAGGCUGAAAACCUUUAUUGUGUGACUGUCAUUGUACAAUUUUGAAUUACAGCGCAGCAUUGGUUCUAGCAUUUUAAACUUUUUUUUAAAUGAUCAAACAGUUGUAAAGGAACCUAAAAGUGUUGUAGAACAAAAAGUGUUCGUUUUUCAGGCUGUUCCCCUCUGUGUUGGAUGCUUAAAACUUUAGUGCACCAACAGCUGGAGUAAUAUCUAUGUCUGUACGGGAUUAUAUAAUUGUGGGUACAUUUGGUGUCCAAAGUCAUAUUUUAUAAUAUAUAAUAUUUUUAAAUUCUUAUUAAGAUAAAAAUCAUAAUUUCCUGUUGUCCGAAUUAGUCAGUGGUAACCCUGCUACUGUCAACUCUUGUUAUUAGGACAUCAUCUGUUAUUAUUACUCUGUUAUUCGGACAACAGGAAAUCAUGCUUUUCGGGUAUAUUAGACACUUUUUAAAGAAAAUAUAAUAUUGUUAUGCUCUGUAAAAUUUUGUGAUCAAUAACAAUGAGUACCAAAUAAUUAAAAUAAUUAAAAAUAUAACCAUUUGGACACCUAAUGUUUAUGCAAUUACAAAAUCACCCCUGAAUAACACCUGAAACAUUAAAAAUCCAUAAAGAGUGUAUGAAAAUGCAUGACGGUAUAUUGUCAUAAUUUCAUGUUACGUUGCAUUUGUGUGUCCAUUACGAGAUUCAGACUUUUCUCUCCUUAUUUUCCCUCUUGAUUGCUUUUUCCUACUCGGCUUUAGUUAAUAUUUAAUAAGAGCACAAUAUAAGUCACAGUUUUAGUGAUCGUUUUUGUUAUUAAUUUGAUAAAGUUCAGUAUUUAUGUGAAAGCUCUAUAGUUAGAUUUAAGAUUAUGCCGUUUUUUUAGUUUCUAUUAACACUGUUUGAAAAUGAUUUAAUUUAUUCAUAUAUAUAAAACUUAGUUGACUCAGUUAGGGGACCAUUCUGGUUAUUGAAAGAAAUCUCUGACAAUUUUUUUUAAAUAUGCCAUUUUCUUUUAAUAAUAAUAAAAGUUGCUACAUGGUCAAGUCAGUACUUAUAGGAUAUUGAAAUGAGCAUCAGGUAGAAAGUAAAAACAACUUUAUUCAUUAUUUUAUGAUAAUGUAACAUAACUUGGUGUAUACCCUGAAAAGAUGACGUUUUUUAUUUAAAAAAGAAACUUUCUGUGGCAUACUUUAUCAUUGUCUGCAAAUAAUGUGUAAAACUGUUUAAACUUGACAGUGCACCGGUUCAUUAAAAUGUUUUCUUUAAA